GUGUUUUGUUUCCUUUCAGCUGAUCGCAACAUAACAGACGAGGAGUUGGAAGACAUGCUAGAGUCUGGAAAUCCACAGAUUUUCACCCAGAGUAUUUUGGCAGACACGCAAUUGGCCAGGCAGACACUGUCUGAGAUCGAGGCGAGGCAUCAGGAUAUCAUUAAAUUGGAACAGAGUAUAAAAGAGUUGCACGACAUGUUUCAGGACCUAGCAACGCUUGUGGAUUCUCAGCAAGAAACGAUUGAUAAGAUUGAGUAUAAUGUGGACCAAGCAAAGGACUACAUCGAGACGGCAAAAACGGACGUCGAGAAGGCGGUCGUCUACCAGAAGAAGUCGCGAAAAGUGAGUCGCUUGCCUUAA